AUGCCUCAGUACACUUCUCGCGAUGUCGGCGACCCUUCGCAAAUCAAGAAGAACAAGCAGUCGAUGGCCGAUCUCAAGCUCCGACGGCUAACCGAGCUCAACAAUCGUCUGCGCGAGGAUCUUGAGCGAGAGCGUAUUCCCGUCAGCACAGCAUCAAAGAGCAUCAUUGCCUACUGCAAUGGCACUCGCGACUACAUGGUUCCCUCCGUCUGGGGCGCUGUACCCAAGGGCGAGGACCCUUAUGCGCCGCAACAAUCUGGCGGCUGCUGUGUGGUCAUGUAA